AUGGUCACAGUGAAGAAAUACCAUCUCCCACCAACCUCGCUCGUUCCGAAUUCGCCACAUCCCCUCCUCCACUACCCUGGUCUCCUGUCAUCCACGAACACGACCGACGAGAGCAUCGCAACCAAGGCUCACGACCUCUUCGCGGCGAACGGGUGGGAAACGCAAUGGAUCUUCCGCUACGGCCCAUCGCAGCGAUCGCACUACCACUCCGCGGUGCAUGAGUGCAUGGCCGUGCUGUCGGGGACGGCGACGAUCCGAUUCGGGGUCGCCGACACCGUCGCCGACCUGGACGAGAGCACCUACGGAUCCGGCAGGGAGGAGGGCGGCAUCGAAGUCGAAGCGCGGGCGGGGGACGUGUUCAUCCUGCCCGCCGGCACGGCGCACAAGACCUUCAACACAUCCCCUCCCGCCGAGUUCAAGCUCCUCACGCCCGGGGACGGGCAUGCGGUGGCCGGGCAAGGCAGUAGCACCAAGGACACGUUGGCCGGCAUCGAGCUCACCGGGUUCACCAUGAUCGGGGCGUAUCCCAAGGGCGGAGGUCACUGGGACUUUGCAAAGGGUGGUGAGGACGUGGGGAGGUUCGACAAGGUGUGGUCUGUGCCGAAGCCAGAGAAUGAUCCUGUGCUGGGUAAAGCAGAGGAAGGCCUUUGUGGGCAGUGGCAUUGA